AUGGCAUUUGGUUUGAAAGGAAUCAGCUUUCCUAAUUUUAUCUCCAAUAUGAAAUUUUCUUUAUGGGCUUGGUUUUUCCUGAAGAACUUCUGCACAUCAAUAGCGAUCUAACUUUUCUCAUGUAAGGCUAGAGGAGCUGGUCCUCUGUGCAUUAAAGAGGCUUAGGUUUUAAUUCAACACAUCUGAAGAGAAUGACUCUUAGGUCAAACACGUGCAGGAGCUGAGUCUGACAAGAGUGAUAGCAGCACGCUCGUGAGCAGCUUUUAGGAUUAGGAUUACUAAAAGUCAGGCGUUAGCCAUAUGGUGACGAAGUCACCAGAGACCUCCUGUGCGGGUGGUUCACCGCUUUUCAACUCCGGCCCAGAGAGUUGAUCCCCUCUUACGAGUGCCCUUUCGGCACCUUCUGUCUCCUCCUUGCCUUGAGGCUUCAGUCUUGAGUGGGCGGCUUAUGGAUUUCUGAAGCCCUGCUACGGGUGAUUGAAUAGCUUGAUUCCAAGGAUUCUUCGAGUCUAUUGGGUUUCAAAGUGCCUUUCUUCGAAAGCUACAAAAAAAAACUGUUCCCCGUAGCCUGGGCCGAAACCCCCAGUUUCUCGGUAGAGGAAUGCCCAUGGGUCCUCGGAUCCAAAGGACGUUGCUGAGUAACUCCAUUUCCAACAACAUGAAAGCAGCCAAAACCUCCCGGGCUCAUGACACAACUAGUUUGCCAUUAUUCCUAUUUAUUUUAAAGUGGCACUGGGACCUUAAAUACCUAAUUAAUCGUAGUCUUUUUAUCCAAGAAACAGAAAAUUUGAAGCGACCUUUGAUGAUUUUAGGCUCUUUUCUCAUCAACUCGACUUCUAGCAUCAGAAAUUUCAUAAAUUGCUCCUCAAAGCUAAAACCUCAGACGACUGUAUCAGUUGCAGCUAGAUCUACUAUCCUAUUCUCCGCAAAGUGGAUGAAUCUCCAGAGAGAGGCAUCCUGUGGUUGCGCCAUCUAUAAGACUAACGUCUUUCAAUUGUAG